CAGGCGCUCAGCAUCGCAUUUUAUCUGCUCUGCUCUAACGUGAAUGUUCAUUGAUACAAUUUUCCAAUGUAACAAAAAUAAAAAAUAAACCGUCCUGGGCAUUCCUUCUCAGAGCUCAACGUCGCUGAAUUUAAAAUCUGCAAGUUCCGGCCAUCUGUGAUAAACAUUCAUUUUAUCCAAUCAACUUGCCUUCAGGAUGCGGAACAAAAUACUACGCGAGGGGACACAAAAGUAAAAGGCAAAGACAAAAAGUGCGCGUGAGUUGUUGGUUUUUUUUCUGUUUGUGUGCACGUUCAAGGAGAUACUUUUCAAUAAGGGUAGCUAAAGUCUUUCAAGAUUAAAAAGCUCCAAAGUAGUAAGGCCAAGAAAGGAAAUGAACAGGUGGAUGGAACCAACAGACUGCAUGAACAUGAUUCCCUAGAAUCGAACAAACCGACCAGUGAAUUGAUUUCAUAGAAAGGAGUAAGGCAAAAAAAUGUUGUCUGCUUUCAAUACAUCUUUCUGCGUCUUGCUUUGGACUUGCCGAUUAUUUUUUGUGUAUCGCUUGAAGCUGCAGACGGUAUAAGUCCUUAGAUGAUGUGAUUUAUAGUAGAGGAUAUUUUUGUUAGAAAAUAGUAAUCAAAGUGCCAAGAAUACCCUUAUAUUCAUACAAUAUACAUACACUUCUAUUUAUUCUAUACAAAACUUAUCGCUUGGGAACAAAAAUAUAUUUAACUCAAAUAUAUAUUUACACUAGCUAAUCGUUAUUUGUCGUCACUCACUCCAUAAAAUAAUGGCAUGCACAGCCAGAAACAAAUGAAAAAAAGGGAACAAGAUUGGAUAUCAGUAUAGCUUACCGCAUAAGAAAACGUUCUACAUCAGCUAUUCGCUUUGCUUAAAAAGUCUGAGCCACGCUACACUCGGAGGGAUUUAAAAUUUGAAUAAAAAAGUCUCCUGUUUAUGAUUAAUUCAUAGCAGCACUUGAUCCAACAAUAUCAGAUAAGGGAGGGAAAAGACAGUAGAUGUGCGAGCGUAGGAGUAUCGAGAAAGCCGAUCGUUAUCGUCCAAGAUAAGAAAUGCCCGGCCCAACGACGACGUCUUCGGUACGCACGAGCAGCGAGGCAAUCCGCUUAGAGCCAUUGGGAGGAAGGACCACAAGUUCUUCUCGCACCCCUGGGCAGAACGGCACGGCCAACCCCGAGGCUGGCAGAGGGGAAGCGAAUCCGGCGCUACACAAGCGAAAUCUUUACGAGCAAAACGGCGUGACGAUAUGCUCGCAAAAGAAGGCGCUGUGCUUGGCGACGGUGGUGUUCGCUACGCUCUUCGCUGUAUCGCUCAUCAUCGCCUUCGCAGGACCACAGUCGGAAUGUCCGUGUGCCGGAGAGCGACCCAACAACUAUCAAGUCGACGUCGACGAAGAGACUGGAGAGCCACUCGCGACCAAUGGAGAGAUUUUCCCCUGGGAUAACGUACGCCUGCCAAACUUCGCUCAUCCGACUCGCUACAACAUCACCAUACAUCCCAAUCUGACGACUUUGGAGGUCAAAGGACAAGUGACCAUUGAGUUUUACGUCGAUCGAGAGACCAGCUUUAUCGUCUUCCACAGCAAAAAUCUGACAAUAGCUGAAAAAAUGGUACAAGAUCGUAAAGGGCACAGAUUAAAAAUCUCACGGAUGCUCGAGUACCCGAAGCAUCAGCAGAUUUAUCUUGAGCUCGAGGAGAGUAAGUUCCGCAGAAAGGGGAACUACACGGUGCACUUGAGGUUCGUCUCGAAGCUGAAGAACGAACUCGAGGGCUUCUAUCUCAGCAGUUAUGUCAACGCCGCCGGAGACAAAAGCUUUUUCAACGGUCACAGGUACCUGGCGACAACCCACUUCGAGCCGACUUAUGCACGAUCGGCCUUUCCGUGUUUCGACGAGCCACAAUACAAGGCUAAAUUCAAAGUGUCCAUAUUCCGCGACAGAUUCCACAUAGCUCUCUGCAACAUGCCGAUCGUCAACACGGAAGAUGCAGGAUUUUACAUGGGAACUGGUCUCCUCCGCGAUGACUUCCAAGAAUCCGUCGAGAUGUCUUCUUACCUGGUGGCUUUCGUCGUGUGCGACUUCAAACGCAUAUCACAAAUGACGCAACGCAACGUGAGUGUCAGCGUUUAUGCGGCGGAGAACAUGCUGCCCCAAGCUCAAUACGCAGUGACAACCGCAGCCAAGACCAUGGACUUUUUCGAGUCGUUUUUCGGCAUUCAGUAUCCACUGCCUAAAUUAGACUUGAUAUCCAUUCCGGACUUUGCGGCCGGAGCGAUGGAGAACUGGGGCUUGAUAACAUAUCGCGAGACGUCGAUUCUCUACGACCCGAAAGAGACGUCGACGUCCGACCACGAGUGGGUAGCCGUGGUCGUGGCCCACGAACUGGCCCACCAGUGGUUCGGCAACCUCGUCACAAUGAAGUGGUGGAACGACAUCUGGUUGAACGAGGGGGCCGCCAGCUUUUUCGAGUACAAAGGCGUGAAUUUCAUCUCACCCGAGUGGAGCAUGAUGGACCAGUUCAUACUGGACAAGAUCCAACCGGCCCUGGAUUUGGACGGUCUCGCGAGCAGUCACCCCAUCAGCACUCAAGUGAAGGAUCCGUCGGAAAUCGAGUCGAUUUUCGACACCAUCAGCUACAACAAGGGUGCAUCGAUUCUCUACAUGCUGGAGGGUUUUCUCAACGAGGACGUGCUGAAGGCUGGAUUGAACGACUACUUGAGAAGUCACGCCUACGGCAGUGCGGAUACCAAUGACCUUUGGGCGGUGUUUACUAAACAAGUAAAUAAGACCUUCGAUGUCAAGGCCAUCAUGGAUACGUGGACACAGCAAACUGGCUUCCCACUGAUAACCAUAACUAGAGACGGCGACGUCAUUACUGCCUCACAAAAACGUUUCCUCAUAUCACCCCACGAGAACGACACGAUAUUGUUGGAGCCAAAAUCAGCCUUUGAUUACAAGUGGUACGUGCCUCUGAGCUACUACACGAGCAAAAAUCGCAGCGACGUUCGAAACAUCUGGAUGAAUAUGACCGAUGUGAGCUUCGAAAUAGACAAAGGAGUGGAAUACAUCAAGUGCAACGUCAACCAAACGGGCUUCUAUCGAGUCUCCUAUCCCGAGGACAUGUGGAACGCCAUAAUCAAGACCUUGCACGAUGACCACACGAAAUUCAGCCCGUCGGAUCGAGCCAAUCUCAUCGACGACGCUUUCACUUUGUGCAAGGCCGGCGAGUUGAACGCAUCCGUACCACUGGAACUGUCGCUUUACUUGCUCAAGGAGAAAGACUACGUACCUUGGGCAACGGCUUUGAAGUAUCUGCAUUCUUGGAAGGAGAAGUUGUGCGAAAGCGCGGCUUACAAGAGAUACAUUAGCUUUCUGAAAAAGUUACUCACCCCAAUAACCGAGCACGUGGGAUGGGACGACGAAGGUUCUCAUCUGAAAAAACUACUUCGCAUAUCGGUACUUCAAACUGCGGUCGACUUGAAACUCGAGGCAGUCGUGAAACCCGCCAAGAGCUUGUUCGACGAUUGGAUGCUCCACCAGAAAAACAUAACGCCCAACAUUCGGGACGUCGUUUACUCGGCCGGUGUGAAGUUUGGAGGUCAGGAAGAGUGGAACCACUGCUGGGAGACUUACCGAAAAACCAUUUAUCCCAGCGAGAAGCGAGUUAUGCUUCAGGCUCUCGGUUCCACGGCCGAUCCUUGGCUCUUGCAACGCUACUUGCUGCAGACUCUGGACAGAAAUCAAGUCCGACCGCAAGACGUCGAAUCUGUGAUAGCGGCCGUGGCGAAAAAUAGCGAAGGCAAACUCUUGGCUUGGAGGCAUCUCAAAGCUCACUGGCCCUUGAUCCAAGGCCUCUUCGGCAAUGGAUCUUUAACUAUGGGUGGACUCAUAGACGUCGUGACGCGUGAUUUUUUCACCGAGUACGACUAUCACGAGGUGAAAGAAUUCUUCAAAGACAUAGAUGUGGGUAGUGGAAAGAGAAUAUUGGAGCAGAGUCUCGAGCAAAUUAAAUUCAACAUGUAUUGGGUGGAAAAGAACGCAGAUACGAUAGACGAAUGGUUAAUUAAUUAUUUGGACAAGAAACCAACGAGUUAAUCGAAGUAAGAUUUCGUUCAUCAUUCGAAAUCUCAAGACAUACUCAAUUCUCGAUAAUCUCAAAAAUUAAUUCAUUUCAAAUACAUCUUAUCGAUGGAUGAUACAUUUGAUUUUUCAAAUAAUCAAGCUGCUAUUAGAUUUAACACUUUUUCUAAGACUUUGCGUAUAAAUUUCAAUUGCUAAUGUAAAAUAUCAUUUUAAAAAGAUAGCUCUGAGAAGAGACUGAUCACUUCUCAAAGGAUAAGCAAAUGUGUUCGAGUAGCAUAUCACACGUACCGUAAGUACGGAAAUCACUUAUUUCACUGGGUGAUAAGUAUUUCGAUUAAUUUAUAUUUUUGGUAAUUUAAAAAUAAUUUGUUGAUUGCGUGGAAGAUCUCAGCCAACCAUAAAAUCGAAAGCUAAUUUUUUUAUACAGAAUUGAAAACGUAGAAACGCGAACUCUUUGUGAGAAAAGUUUUAAAAAAUUAUCGAUGACUGGAUACACUAUUGCAUUCGCAUUAUAAUGAACUUCAAGUGACGUGUCAGUAAAUUCAUAUUCUUGCACGUUGACAAACAUGAAGAUAACAAUUAUUUUCUCGCUACAUUUGAUUCCUAGAUAAAAAUUUACUAUUAUUAGCGUAAUGAAAAAAUGAAUUUAUAAAAAUAUAUCAAUUUUUUAUUAUCACUAAGAUUAGUUAUUAAAGUUUCAUUGGAUACUAGACAGUUAGGAUAUUGUUCUUACUUGAUACUCGCUCGCUAACUUUACAAAAUAUAUAAAUGAGUUAUAACGUCAAUAAUUAUAGAAAAAUUCAAGACAAUUUUUUGAAUACAUUGCAAUAACGAAUGACUAAUAAUCAUAUAAGACCUGUUGAAUUCGAUCAAUUUUCGCCCGUCCAUUUCAAGAAAAAAACCAAGAUGAAACGGGCUUUAUAGUUCCAAAACUCAUCAAUAUUGUAAUAAUAUUAAAAAAGUAUUAUUAUGAAAAUUAGAUAACUUGAAUUGUAAUUACAGUGUAUUUUUACGAAGUUAUUUGUAAGAUAUUAUUUGAGAGAAUGUACGAGAUGAAAUAAUUUUUUUUCAAUUACAUGUAAAUUUUCCGAUACGAUGAAAAAAAAAUCCAAACAAACUUCACGUAUGUAAAUAAAUUGUAAAACUUCAUAAAAUUAGAUAAUUAAAAACGGAGCUUAAUCUACUGAUCGAGCUGUAAAAUUCUAAGGUUUUAAUACUAAUUAUAUUGAUUUUGGUAUCUGAGCACUCUACACUCUUGCGAGUUUGCCAUUGAGUGCAAUUUUUUCUGAAAUCUAUGCUUCCAAUUCUUUGGGUAUAUUUUUAACUCAGAAGCAUUACUCAUUUUACGCACUGAUGAUUUUAAAAUUUGAUACUGUAUUCAGCAUACUUUAGCUAUACAAAUAUCUACGUAUGAAAUUUGCUUAAAAGUAAUUGAAAAGUAUUUAAAAAUUUUUGAAAAAAUGUUGAUGAGUCGACGCACAAAUGAAAUAGUUAAAUUACAAAGAUGAAACCUCGACAGAAACUACCCUAUCUCUAACAUUUGUAAAUAGCCUAUUUUUUCACUAAAUGAACGAAAAGAAAAAAAUUUAAGAUAAUCUCCUUAUGAAAAAAUACAUUGAACAAUUGUAUUAGAUAAUUGCCAUCCAACGAGAAAGAUGUUGCUUAUAAUAAAACAUGUAUGUAUAUGAAUUUGGCCUAUUUAUUAAGAUGGCCAAUGUAAUUUACGAAUCUUUACCGACUUUGCGUAUGAUGUCAAAUUGUGUGACUGAGAGAUGUAGAGAAAAAAUUUUGUAAAAAUGACCAAUUUUCUUCUUGAAAUUUUGCACUUUCGUAUUAACUCUGUAAAACAAUUAGCUUGACCAAUUUAUAACAGAAACUGGAAGGUGUAUAAACUAAGAAAGCCCACCUGGAAGAAAAUUUUGAUAUUUCGAAAGAAAUUGUUUCUCUGCAGCUUUACAAAAAAGUUCUACAGUACAUUUUUAUUUUAGACAUUUUUUCAUAUUAAUUUUAUUUCAUGAAAUAAUUUUUAAGAACGCAUAAUAAUUAUUGAGGUGCUGAUAUGAUCGUUACUAACCUAGUUUAUUGUAAUUUAGUAAAUUAAGUGGACUUCGAAGCCAGUAUAAAAAACGAAAAUAUUAAUCGUGUUAUUUGAAACUUUCACACAAUAUUAAUUUAAAUGACUCUACAUUAACCCAAAAAACGUAAAAAUGGAAAAAGCAUAGUCUUGUAGAAAAAUAUUUGGUGGAAAUUUCAGUACACGACAUUGAAAAUUAACUUGUUCUCUGGCUUCGAAAUCCUUUUAAUUUCUAAUAUUUAACUCUUUUAGUCUUUAAUUGUUGUUGCUAUUUUUACAUUGAUUAGUAGAAAUUAAUGUUUAUCAGUGUCAUACCGAUUUUUAUUGAAAAUUCACUUUAUCCUAUGUGUUUUCGCUAAAUUUUGCAGUAUUCAUUGGUGUAACUCAUAGAUAAUAUAUUACAUUACUGACGUAACCGGUUCUUCUUAUCUAAUUAUUAAAAUCAUAAAUUUUAUACAUUUUUUGGUUACUGCGCAUAUAGAAUAGUUAAAUUGUAAAUUGAAAUAUGAUUUUUAACGUUUGAUGCCAAAACCAACACUGUCUUACUUUACUCAAGCUCUACAAUUAUAAAAACUAUUCGCUUGAGCCAAGAGUGAAAAUGAGAUAUCCGCGUUUAACAUUAUACGCAACCAAAAUUGCGCAUGAUCUUAUCGUUCGGAAUAUAUAAUUGCAAGUUUAACGAUAAUCCGUAAAAAAUAUAUGCGAAUAUUCACACGUUAAGACUGGACACCAGAAAUAAAAGUUAAUUAUUAUAUAUUACGAAUUAUAUAUAAAUAUAUAAAAUAAAAAGAAAAUGUAGACUUGUAGACAUGCAUAUGUAGAUAUAUACAAAUAAUACAUAUGUGUAUUUUGUGCAAUCAUGAAACGGAGCAAAGGGUUUUUUGUGAAUUUGUAACAACAGUCUCAAUGCGAUUAUCAAAGAUCAUCAUCAAAAGAAAGUUUGCGAAUUUAAUGUAUGGUUCAUAUAGAAUUCUUAAAUAAUUAUGCCUUAAUUUUUAUUUUUUUUAUUUUUUUUUUUCGGGAAAUCUCUAUGAAUUUGAAUAACAUGUAAUACACAUACUUAGGUGUACUUGAUUUUUAAGACUAUUCGGUGUGAUUUUUACGAUUUAUUUCACGUGAGAAAUAAACAUAUUCACAUACGUUGAUGUGCAGUCACAAAAAAACAGCUAAUUAUUAACUCUCAGGAGAACAUACAACUUAAUCAUAAUUUGAAAAACAAUACGUUCGUAUAUGAUUUCGAUGAUUUUAUAGAAAACGAAGAGUAAAAUGAAUGAUUAUAAUAUUUAUACAGAGAAUUUCGAUGCGAGUGAUGACCUCUUGACUUGUAUGUAGCAGUUGGCAUUUUGUUGAAUGAGUGAGAAAGAGAGAAUAAAAAUGAUACAAGACGCUGUAAUAAGGCGAAGAAAAAAAUUAGGAGCGGUG